UUUCAGCUUCAGUCUUUCUUUCUAGUUCUGUUGCUACUCGUUCGCGAAAUCAGUUGACUUUCUGCUGCAACACAAGCGGAUGAAAUUUUUUUGUUUUAGUGUUGCGAAAAAGUUUGCAACAAUUGCCAGAAAUCGGGGAAAAAUGUGAAAAUUAUACGGUACAAAUGCGAAAUUCGAGAAAAGUCCAUAGAAUAAUACAAAAUUAAUUUAAGUGCAAUGUUAGAUCAGAGGCAACGAGGAACGACGGAGCAACAACGAAGGAGGCAGAAACAGCGGCAGCACUACGUAACAAACGCAACACAACAAUAAAAAGUGCAACAAUUACAAUAACAACAACAACAACUAGAAACAACAACUACCAACAUGUGAAUUGCGUUUUUUUUUUGUACCAAAACAAAACCACGAAGAACAAGUGUAGCCAAAGCCUGAGAGAGAGGGAGAGUGAAAGAAGGAGAAAGCGAAAAGCGAAGAGCGCCAUAAGAAAGAGACAAAGAAAGAAAAAGCCGCCAAAAUGUUAAAACAACAACAAUCACAACAGCAACAACAAAUUACAGCGAACAAAUGUAAAAUGCAACAAAUGCAAUAAGAAAUAACGAUUAAAACAAAAACAAAGACAUUUUCGCGCGCGCUCUUUUUCCUUCUACCCUUUGUUUCUCUCAAAGAAGGACGAGGGAACACUAACAAGACACACAAAAGAAAAGAAACAAAAACAAAAAUCGCUGCUUCUACGAAUUUGAUUCUUUCGUCAAACGUUUUUAUUCAAAAAACUUCAUAGUAAUCAUCGACACAUAAUAAAUACCAACAAAAUACCCCCCAACCCCAUCCGCAAUAUUCCGGCAACAAAAACAACAACAAAAACGGCAAUAACUAUAAUACAACAACUGUAACAAGUUGCUAGAAACAGAAGCAGAAAGUUAAGAAGAACCAGAAGUAAAAUAAAAAGGAGAAGAAGCCACCACCAACAGCAGCGCCACCACCACCACCCCCAUCCCCAAACCAAGGUCAUCUCUUUGGUGGGGCAAACCAACACGAAAAUGCACGCGUGCGUUGACUUGUGUUUAAAAAACAACAAAAUCCACACAAAUAACCAGGAAAAGCAGGAGGCGCAGGAGUUGUGGUCCGACGACAUCUUCGGCGACCAGCGGACGACAGGAGCGACGUGGCAAUUUGACACGGACGCGGGGACAUUACUUUGGGCGGCCCCCUUUUUGUGUGAACAUCGACGAACAUCGAUAGCAGCUAUAAUAGCAGCCAUAGAAGCCAGAGCAUCUGUGCCGCCGCCAGGAGAGGAGGGUACUUCGAGGAACAGAACGUCGAGAUCAUCUGGUGAAGCAGCAACAGGAGCAGAAGCAAGAGGAGGAGGAGGAGGAGCUAAAGCUGCCGCAAAUCACAAAACAGCAACAGCAACAACAACUACAACUACAACCUCAACGACACGUAAAACUAAAAACAAAAGGGGAACAGCAGCAGGAUCAGGAGCAAAUCAGUUGACAGCUUUAUUAAAGCAUCCUAAGAUUCAAACUCAACAACUUUUGGCAAUCACAAACUAUAACUUUCAACAUCCCAUUGCCAUUGUUAUUUGAGUGUCGACUGUCGGGCAGUGCAGUUAUAUUUCUCCCGUGCUCGUGUUUCGUUCUCGUUCCCGCGUACGUUUCCCCCCCUCUCGUGUGUGUCGAAAAGUGUGUCAAAAAAUAAGGAAACGGAACAAUUCAAUAGAAAUUGUGAAAACUUGCAAAAUAAUUCAGAAACAAAAUAAAAACUGUAACAAAAACGAUAUUUGAAGGAAAAUUUUGGAAAACAAUUUUCGGCCAGCGGCGGCGGCGUCCCUUUGGCGUGCAGCAGCGUCGGCGUGCAGCUGCAGCAUCGUGUCGCAUAUCCUUCCUCUAUCCAUCAUCAUCAUUAUACAUUCGCAUUCGAGUUUUCGUAUAAUUUUGUUUGACAUUCAAUUUAAUUUGGAAUUAAAAUUAAAUUUAAAUUGGAUUUCGGUACGAACGUCUGCAAAAAUCUGCAGAACCCAACGCGAUCUUCAUGAUGGCGGAUCAUAUGGACGAACCGCCCACAAAGCGGGUUAAGAUGGAUCCAACGGAUAUCUCAUUCUUCCUGGAAGAGAAUCUACCCGAUGAGCUGGUGUCGUCGAACAGCGGCUGGUCGGAUCAGCUGAGUGGCGGCGGUGGCGGCGGCGCAUCGAAUGUCGUUAGCAACACAAAUUCAACAGCCGGCGGCGGACCCCAGGCCGUCGGUGUCGGACCAAACAAACAGACAGGCCCCGGCCCCGGCUCUGGUGGCCCAGGCGGCCAGGUUGUCGGUACCUCCCAAAUGAACGGAGCCGGCGGCGGUGGCUCCCAGCAGCCAGGCAACGGCGGAGACGAUGGCAGUGGCAGCAGCGGCGGCGGCGGUGGCGGAGCUGGCAAUCAGCAGCAGCUACGCCAAAUGCAGCACCAGCAGCAGCUGCAACAUCUCCUCCAGCAGCAGCAGCAGCAACAGCAGCAGCAGGGCCAAAAGGGAUCCAUGGUUGUGCCAGGCAUGAACCAAUUGGGCAGUAAAUCCCCAAAUCUGCAGUCACCCAAUCAGGGCGGUAUGCAGCAGAUGGGUAUGGCCAAUUCGAUGCCCAUGUCCAUAUCGAAUAAUGGAAACAAUGGCAUGAAUGCCAUACCAGGAAUGAACACAAUCGCCCAAGGGAAUCUGGGGAACAUGGUCCUCACGAACAGCGUCGGAGGCGGCGGCAUGGGCGGCAUGGUUAAUCAGCUAAAGCAGCAACAGCCAGGCGGUGGCAUGCUCAAUGCCGUAUCUGUGGCAGGCGGAUCUGGAGGCCCCGUGGGCGCUAACAGCGGCGGUUCUGUGGCCCCCAAUCAGGGCCUGCACAUGCAGAACGGUCCGAUGAUGGGACGCAUGGUCGGGCAGCAGCAUAUGCUGCGUGGCCCCCACAUAAUGGGCGCAGCCGGCGGCGGCAACGGACCAGGUGGCCCAGGUAAUGGACCCGGCGGCGGAGGACCACGCAUGCAGAAUCCCAACAUGCAGAUGGGACAACUCAACAGCAUGCCCUACGGCGUGGGCCAGUACGGCGGACCCGGUGGCAACAAUCCCCAGCAGCAGCAGCAACAACAGCAACAGCAGCAGCAACAACUGCUUGCCCAGCAGAUGGCGCAGCGAGGAGGAGUCGGAGUCAUGCCGCAGGGCAAUCGCCCCGUGGGGACUGUUGUCCCGAUGCCCAGUUUGGGCGGCGAUGGCACCGGACCCACCGGACAGCUAGUGGGCGGCAAUCCCCAGCAGCAACUGCAGCAGAUGCUUGGACAGCAGCAGCAGCCGGGCGCCCUGGGACCCCGUCCCCCACAGCCGAACCAAUUGCUGGGCCAUCCGCAGCAGCAGCAGCAGCAGCCAGGAACCUCCCAGCAGCAGCAACAGCAGCAGGGAGUGCAGGGUGUUGUGGGCGCCGCAGGAGCUGUGACGGCUGCAGGCGGUGGCGGUGGCGUAGCGGGAGGACCGCAAGCCAAUCGCCAGGAUGUGCCCGACGACCGCAAGCGACAGAUCCAGCAGCAGCUAAUGCUCCUGCUGCACGCGCACAAGUGCAACCGGCGGGAGAACCUCAACCCGAACCGCGAGGUCUGCAACGUCAACUACUGCAAGGCGAUGAAGGCGGUUCUGGCGCACAUGGGGACCUGCAAGCAGAGCAAGGACUGCACCAUGCAGCACUGUGCCUCAUCUCGUCAGAUCCUGCUCCACUACAAGACCUGCAUCAACAGCACCUGCAUCAUCUGCUAUCCGUUCCGCCAGAAUCAUUCGGUGUUCCAGAACGCCAAUGUCGGUGUCGGCGCGGGCAGUGGUGCGGCACCCGGCGGUGGACCACCAGGCAGCGGAGUGGCAGGCGGUCCCGGCAGUCUGCAGCAGCAGCAGCAGCAACAACAACAGCAACAGAACCAACCUCUCACCGUGCUCGGUGGCGUCGGGGGAGUCGAUGGAAAGCAGCAGCAGCAGCAGCAGCAACAGGUUGGAGUCCCAGGCGGCGCGCAGAACUCGGGGCUCGUGAUGCCCCAGCAGGGCGGUGCACCCAAAUCCAAUGCGGAAAUGGCGCAACAACUCGCCCAGCAGCAGCAGCAAGUCCAGCAACAGCAGCAGCAACAACAGCAGCAGCAACAGCACCAACAACAGGUCCUGCAGCAGGAGCUGCGGCGCUUCGAUGCCAUGGGCCAGGUGGGACUCUCCCCCGUGACGGCCGGCAAUAUGAUUGGCGCUGUCGGAGCGGGUCAGCAGCAGCAGGGGAUGCCUCCGGGCAUUCGAAUGCAGGGCGCCCCACCCACAGUGCGAGUCCUUGGACCUGCCGGUUCUGGUUCCGUCCUGCCCAACGACGUCAAUAGCCUCCAGCAGCAGCAGCAGCAGCAAAUGCUCCAGGGCCAGUGCAAUGCCGCCAAUGCUGGCAAUCGGCGACGCGGCGGCGGUGGUGGCGGUGUUGGCGGCCUACCCAACAUGGUCGACCAGCAGCAGCAGCAACAGCAGACAAAUCCCUCCCAGCAGUUGGGCAACAUUCCCACGCCGCUGUCUGUGAAUGUCGGUGGUUUCAGCGGCGCCAACUUUGGCGGUGGGUCGGCGGACAAGCAGCAACAGCUGGUGGGGCAGGCGGAUCAGCUGGCGAAGCUGAAGGUGCCCCAAGUGCAUCCGCAGGUCGGCGCUGGAGGUCCUGGGGGUGCGACUGGCGUGACUGCCGGCGGCCAGGGAUCCAGUGUCUUGAUGCCCGCCGAUACGACGGGUGCCAGCGGUGGGAACGCGAAUGCGAAUCCCAAUCAAAAUGCAGCCGGAGGAGGAGGCGGCGGCGGAAACAGCGCCAGCGGCGGUCCCGGCGGAGGAGGCGGAACGGGCGCUACUGGGAAUGACAGCGAAAAGGACUGGCGGGAAUCGGUGACGGCGGAUCUGCGUAACCACCUCGUCCAUAAGCUCGUGCAGGCCAUCUUCCCCACCUCCGAUCCGACGACGAUGCAGGACAAGCGCAUGCACAACCUCGUCUCGUAUGCGGAGAAGGUCGAGAAGGACAUGUACGAGAUGGCCAAGAGCCGCUCCGAGUACUACCACCUGCUCGCCGAGAAGAUAUACAAGAUUCAGAAGGAGCUCGAGGAGAAGCGGCUGAAGCGCAAGGAGCAGCACCAGCAGAUGCUCAUGCAGCAGCAGGGAACCGGCCCUGUGCCCGGUCCCGGACCCGUUGUGGUUCCCGGCGGCGUUGGAGUGCCUGGCGUUGGUGGAGUCGGCGUCCCCGGCUCCGUGUCCGUCUCCAAUCCGACAGUCGGUGGCCUGCAGGGCGUCGUUAAUGUGCCGCAGCAACAGCAGCAGCAGGCACAGCAGCAAUCCGUUGGCGGAGUCCGGCCCAUUAUCAGUCCCAUGGGUGGCGUGAUGCAGCCACAGCAGCUCCGUCCACAGGGUCCUGGCAUGGUUGUCGGUCAGCAGCAGCAGCAGACGGGCGUUCCAGUUGGCGGCGGUGGCCCUGUGGGUGUCACCGGACUUGCAGGAGCACUCGGUGUUGGCGUUGGUGUGGGCGUCGGAGGAGUCGGCGGCCAGGCGAAUAUGGUGACGAUGCGUAGCCACUCGCCCGGCGGCAACAUGCUCACGAUGCAGCAGCAGCAGCGCAUGCAAUUCCCGCAACAGCAGCAACAACAGCAGCAGCAGCAGGCGGGCAACAUGCUGGUGGGUCCUCCAGGGCCCAGUCCCGGCGGCAUGGUGGUCAAUCCCGUGCUCUCUCCCUUCCAAACGGCCGCUGGAGCGGCCAAUGUCCUCACCAGUCCAGUGCCUGGCCAACAGCAGCAGCAGCAGUUCCUCAACGCCAAUGGCGGCACCGGAGCGGGCAGCAAUCCGCAGCUGAGCGAAAUUAUGAAGCAGCGACACCUCCAUCAGCAGGCAGUGGCGGUAGCGGGCAUGCUUAUGCCCCAGUCGCCCUUCAGCAAUGCCACGCCCAUGCAACAGCAGCAGCAACAGCCGAACAGCAACAGCUUCAACUCUACCAUGCAACAGCAGCAGCAGCAGCAGAAACCGCCUGGAAGUGUCCUGAACAACAUGCCUCCGACUCCCACGAGCCUCGAUUCAGCCUUGAGUGCGGGAGCAGGCAACACAGGCUCUGGUGCGGCGGGUAGUGGAGGAGCCAGUGGACAAGGACAAGGAGCAACAGCCGGAGGUGGAGUACCCUCGAGUGCGGGGGGAAUGACGGUUUCAGCGCCUAGUCCCUCGCCCGGAGGCGGCGGAUUCCUCUCCAAUGGCCCCGUUGGGACUCCCUCGAACAACAGCAAUAACAACAGCAACAGCAUCAUUAAUCCUCCGUCGGUAAACAGCCUCAUGCAGCCGAUGAGCAACCGCGCCAACACUCCGCCCUACGUUCCGGCGUCACCUGUGCCGGCCACCAGUGCCUCUGGCCUGGCGGCGAACAGUGCCCCCACAUCGGCGGCCGCGACGUGCGCCAGCAGCAACAGCAACAGCAAUAGCAACGGCAGCAAUGGUAGCAACAGCAACGGCAGCAACAGCAACGGCAGCAACUGUGGCAGUGGGAGCGGUAGUGGCAGUGGGAGCGGCAGUGUGGGCGGAGUCGGUGGCGUUAUGGCCACCACAACGACCACGACGACAUCGGCAACGACGCCGCUUAGCUGCAACUCCUCCUCGUCGGCGACGGCAACGAUUGCAUCGAGCGGACCGGGCAGCGGAGGCUCCCUUUCGGCGCCGAACAGCAAUCCUCACAUGCUGAUGUCUGCGCGCGGCGAGGGCAGCGGCGGUGCGACGACCUCUUCGGGAGGCAGCAGUAGCCAGCAGCAGCCCAGCCGCAUGAUGAGCAGCUCGAGCAGCCUGUCCUCCCAAAUGGCCGCCCUGGAGGCAGCGGCGCGUGAUAACGACGACGACACCCCAUCGCCCACGAACGAUACGAACGGCAGCGGUGGCGGUGGCAAGGCCUCAAAGGGGAAGCUGGACUCGAUCAAGCAGGAGGACGAGAUCAAGAAGGAGUUCAUGGACGAUAGCUGCGGCGGCAACAACGACAGCUCCCAGAUGGACUGCUCCACGGGCGGCAAAGGCAAGAAUGUCAACAACGACGGCACCAGCAUGAUCAAAAUGGAGAUCAAAUCGGAGGAUGCCGACGGCGAUGGCGAUGUGAAGAUCAAGACCGAGCCCAUGGAUGUCGACGAGAGUGCUUCAUCGGCCACACACGAAGGCGGCGGUGGUGGCAAGGAUGAUAUCAACGGUGCCCACGACGGUGCCAAGGACCUCAAGCCCAAGAUUGAGCCAAAGCCACUUGUACCCGAGCCACUGGCCCUCAAUGCCGGCGACAAGAAGAAGAAAUGCCAAUUCAAUCCGGAGGAGCUGCGCACCGCGCUGCUGCCAACGCUGGAGAAAUUGCUGCGCCAGGAGCCGGAAUCGGUGCCGUUUCGGUAUCCGGUGGAUCCACAGGCGCUGGGCAUUCCUGACUACUUUGAGAUCGUCAAAAAGCCAAUGGAUCUGGGCACCAUCCGCAACAAUAUCCAGAACGGAAAGUAUAGCGAUCCCUGGGAGUAUGUGGACGAUGUCUGGCUUAUGUUUGACAACGCUUGGCUGUACAAUCGCAAGACCUCACGCGUUUACCGUUACUGUACCAAGCUUUCGGAGGUGUUUGAAGCUGAGAUCGAUCCAGUGAUGCAGGCCCUCGGCUACUGUUGCGGCAGGAAAUAUACAUUCAAUCCACAAGUGCUGUGCUGCUAUGGCAAGCAGCUGUGCACGAUACCGCGCGACGCUAAAUACUAUAGCUAUCAAAACAGUCUAAAGGAAUACGGUGUCGCCUCAAAUAGAUACACCUUCUGCCAAAAGUGCUUUAACGACAUCCAGGGGGACACGGUCACACUGGGUGACGAUCCGUUGCAGUCCCAAACACAAAUCAAGAAGGACCAAUUCAAGGAGAUGAAAAACGAUCACCUAGAGCUGGAACCUUUUGUUGACUGCCAGGAGUGCGGCCGCAAGCAGCAUCAGAUUUGCGUCCUCUGGUUGGACUCUAUCUGGCCCGGCGGCUUUGUCUGCGACAAUUGCCUGAAGAAGAAGAACUCAAAGCGGAAGGAGAAUAAGUUCAAUGCGAAGCGCCUGCCCACCACAAAGCUCGGCGUGUACAUCGAGACUCGCGUAAAUAACUUCCUCAAGAAGAAGGAGGCCGGUGCCGGCGAGGUGCAUAUCCGCGUGGUCAGCUCCUCGGAGAAAUGCGUGGAGGUGAAGCCGGGCAUGCGGCGUCGCUUCGUCGAGGGCGGAGACAUGAUGAAUGAGUUCCCUUACCGGGCGAAGGCCCUGUUCGCCUUCGAGGAGGUGGACGGCGUCGAUGUGUGCUUCUUCGGCAUGCACGUGCAGGAGUACGGCUCCGAAUGCCCGGCGCCCAACACUCGCCGCGUCUAUAUUGCCUAUCUUGAUUCGGUGCACUUCUUCCGGCCGCGACAGUACCGCACAGCUGUCUACCAUGAAAUCCUGCUUGGAUACAUGGAUUACGUGAAGCAGCUGGGAUACACGAUGGCCCACAUUUGGGCGUGUCCGCCGUCGGAGGGGGACGACUACAUCUUCCACUGCCACCCCACUGACCAGAAGAUACCGAAGCCGAAGCGGCUGCAGGAAUGGUACAAGAAGAUGCUUGACAAGGGCAUGAUCGAGCGCAUCAUCCAGGACUAUAAGGACAUACUCAAGCAAGCUAUGGAGGACAAGCUGGGCUCCGCCGCCGAGCUGCCAUACUUCGAGGGCGACUUUUGGCCGAAUGUCCUCGAGGAGAGCAUCAAGGAGCUCGACCAAGAGGAAGAGGAGAAACGCAAGCAAGCAGAGGCCGCCGAGGCAGCUGCAGCGGCGAAUGUAAGCCGAUAUUCCGAGCUCUUCUCCAUCGAGGACAACGAGGUGAGUGGCGAUGGCAAGAAGAAGGGCCAGAAGAAGGCCAAGAAGUCCAACAAGUCGAAGGCCGCCCAACGGAAGAACAGCAAGAAGUCCAACGAGCAUCAGUCCGGAAAUGAUCUCUCCGCGAAGAUCUACGCCACAAUGGAGAAGCACAAGGAAGUCUUUUUCGUGAUACGCCUGCACUCGGCACAGUCUGCUGCCAGUUUAGCGCCCAUACAAGACCCCGAUCCCUUGCUUACCUGCGAUCUAAUGGACGGUCGCGACGCAUUCCUGACGCUGGCCCGCGACAAGCACUUCGAGUUCUCGUCGCUGCGUCGCGCCCAGUUCUCGACACUGUCCAUGCUGUACGAGCUGCACAAUCAGGGCCAGGACAAGUUUGUAUAUACGUGCAACAACUGCAAGACGGCCGUCGAGACGCGGUAUCAUUGCACCGUAUGCGAUGACUUUGAUCUGUGCAUUGUGUGCAAGGAGAAGGUCGGGCAUCCCCAUAAAAUGGAGAAGCUCGGCUUUGACAUCGACGACGGCUCUGCACCGGCGGACCACAAGCAGGCCAAUCCCCAGGAGGCGCGCAAACAGUCCAUUCAGCGUUGCAUUCAGUCUCUGGUGCACGCCUGCCAGUGCCGCGACGCCAAUUGCCGCCUGCCCUCGUGCCAGAAGAUGAAACGCGUCGUCCUGCACACCAAGAACUGCAAGCGGAAGACGAACGGUGGCUGCCCCAUCUGCAAGCAGCUGAUUGCCCUCUGCUGCUACCAUGCUAAGCACUGCCAGGAGCAGAAGUGUCCCGUGCCCUUCUGCCCGAACAUCAAGCAUAAGCUGAAGCAGCAGCAACUCCAGCAGAAACUCCAACAACAGCAGCUACUGCGUCGUCGAGUGGCCCUCAUGUCGCGCACAGCAGCUCCAUCGGCACUGCCCGGACCGGCGGUUAGCGGGCCGACAGUCGUCGCUGGUGGCGUGCCCGUUGUGGGCAUGUCCAAUGUGAUGCCCGUCGGCCAGUCCACAGUGCUGCUUCCAGGAGUUGGCGGACAUUCACCGUCCGCCGUGCCAGUGCCUUCGCCAGUGUCUGGCAGCGGAAUGGGCGGCAUGACCUCGCCACAUCCCCAUCAGCCGGGCAUCGGAAUGAAGCCCGGAGGCGGGGGCGGACACCCGCCGUCGCCGAACGUGCUGCAGGUGGUGAAGCAGGUGCAGGAGGAGGCCGCACGCCAGCAGGUGCCGCAUGGCGGUGGCUUUGGCAAGGGCGUCCCGAUGGCCCCGCCCGUCAUGAAUCGCAACCUCGUCGGAGGAGUCGGAGGUGUGCCCAAUCAGAACGUGAAUCAGCUGGGCGUGGGCAUGGUCGGCGGAGUGGGCGUCGGUGGAGUCGGUGUCGGAGGCGUGGGAGUCAAUGUGAAUCAACUCGGAGCUGGCAUCGGCGGCGGCGGUGGCAAUCCGUCGGGACCUGUGCCCGGUGCCGGCAAUUGCGGCAACGUCCUGGUUGGCAAUGCCAACAACCUGCUCUCCAUGGACCAGUGGGGCUCCGGCGGUGGCGGCGCGGGUGUGCCCCAGCCGCGGUACGUGAACAAUGCCACGGGAAUGCGACAGCCGAACCAAAUGAUGCAGCAGCAGCAGAACGUUCUACAGCAGCAGCAGCAGCAACAACAACAGCAGCAGCAGCAGCAGCAGAUGAUGCUGCCCAACCAGAUGGGCGGCGGAGUGGUCGGCGGCGGUGGCCAGAUGCCCGUGGGCGGACAGCAUGGUAUGGGAAUGGGCGGCAUGGGCACGCCAAUGGGCGCGGCCGGUGCCGGAGGCGUGCGCCCACCGCCCGGAGGAGGCGGCGGACAAGCAGCCGGCCUCAACACCCAUCAGCUGGCCCAGAUAAUGCAGAAAAUCAAGAACAACCCCACCAACGAGAGCAACCAGCACAUUCUCACCAUCCUCAAGCAGAAUCCCCAGAUCAUGGCGGCCAUAAUCAAGCAGCGCCAGCAGACGCAGAUCAAUGCCGCAGCGGUGGGCGGUGGUGCACCUGGCGGUGGCCUCCAAGCGGGCAACGGACCCCAGAAUCCCCAGCAGCAGCAGCAGCAGCAGCAGCAGCAACAACAGCAGCAGCAGCAGCAGCAACAACAACAACAACAGCAGGCCAUGCAGCAGCAGCAGAUGCAGCACAUGAUGAACCAGCAGCAGCAGCCGGGUGGACCCCAGCAGCAGAUGAAUCCAAACCAGCAGCAGCAGCAGGUGAAUCUGAUGCAGCCGGGCGGACCCGGAGGUCCACACCAGCGUAUGCCCAAUAUGCAGCAGAGCCCCGCCCAAAUGAUACUCCAGAAUCUGCCACCAGGCGUCACCGCACAGGGUGGAAUGGUUCCCAAUCAGGGCUGGAACAAAAUGCGCUAUGUGCCAAUGAACCAAUAUCCACCUCCGUAUCCACAACGACAGCGCGGCCCGCACAUGGGCGGAGCGGUGGGCCAGCAGCAGCAGCAGUUCCCGGGCGGCGGAGCGGGCAACUUUAAUGCUGGCGGCGGUGCAGGAGCCGUCGGAGUGCCUGGCGGUGUGGCUGGGGGCGGCGGCGGAGGAGCAUCUGGCCCCGGAGCGGAUCAGUACUCCAUGGCAAAUGCGGCAGUGGCGGCGGCAGCAUCCAACAUCCUGCAGCAGGGCCAAGGCGGAGCCGGUGUCGGAGUGGGCGUUGGCGUUGGAGUAGGCGUCAAGCCUGGUCCCGGCCAACAGCAGCAUCAGCAACAGCAGCAGAUGGGCGUGCUGCCGCCGGGUAUGCAGCAGCAACAACAGCAGCAGCAACCCCUCCAGCAGCAAAUGAUGCAGCAGGUGUCGAUGCCGAAUGCCCAGAAUGCCCAGCAAAAUCCGACUGCUGUGGGGCCCGGAGGAGGUCCCGGCUCCCAGGUGAUGGGUCCCCCCACGCCGCACUCCCUCCAGCAGCAGCUAAUGCAGUCCGCGCGCUCCUCUCCGCCCAUCCGCUCACCGCAGCCAACACCGUCGCCCCGCUCAGCACCCUCGCCACGGGCCGCGCCAUCCGCCUCGCCGCGGGCCCAGCCCUCGCCCCACCACGUCAUGAGCAGCCACUCGCCAGCGCCGCAGGGCCCACACGACGGCAUGCACAACCACGGGAUGCACCACCAGUCGCCGCUCCCCGGUGUCCCCCAGGACGUUGGCGUAGGUGUGGGCGUAGGCGUUGGCGUUGGCGUCGGUGUGGGCGUUAAUGUUGGCAACGUAAACGUCGGCAAUGCCGGCGGAGCACUGCCCGAUGCCUCCGAUCAGCUAACGAAAUUUGUGGAGCGACUCUAGUGCAGCAGCAACAUUGGCCACUCCAUCAGCAGCAACAACAACAACAGCAUUGGUGGCCACCUCAACAGCACUAACAUCGGAAAUAUCAGCAACAUCACAAACAUCCCGAACAUUGGCAACGACAUUGUCAACUAUCGCUACAACGGACAGUCGCCGCACUACUUCUGAUCGUAGAGGUAGCGACGACAGACUGCGAGAGCAGGAGGAGACCUACCAGCCGCAACCAGAGACCCAGGGAUCACACUGUGUGUUAAUCGUAUUGUUAAAUCUUUUAUAAACAUUUUACUCUUCCAAGACGAUUGGUUGAACGAUCCGAUUCGAGCGAUCCGCACUAUCACAAUUAUCGUGUACUUUAGUUUUAAGAUGCGUCCCACAGGCCACAGAAGCCAGCAGCAGCCAGUAGCAGCAAGCAGUCAGUCCAUGAUCCCAAAUGUAUGUAUACUCUCGAUGUAUAGCAGGAGAGAGACGUGUAGAGGGUCAGCGGCUGAUGUGGCUGCUCCUGUUGUUGCUGCUGGUGGAUGUUGGAGGGUUAUUUCGCACACCUCCACACGCUCCUCACACGGAUUAUGUUUAAGCUUAGGACAAUAUUUGAACAAAAAGCAGACGUAAAUGCAUUGAUUACGAUAACAGUCAUGAUUAGCAAUUAUCGAUUACUAAUUUCGAUUACGAACCUUUUUUUUUCUCGAUCGUGUAAUAAUUACUACCUACGUUUACAUACAUAGAUCAUACGUUAUACCUAUGGCACUAUUAUCCCUUUACAUACAUAUAUAUAAAUAUUUAUACAUGCACAUACACACACACAUGCAAAAUCUCUUCUUAUAUAUUUCCCGCCCACCCCUUCGGUGCAUCCGCACACACCAGAGCAUCAGACAGUUCCGCAGACAGACACCACAGAAAGAAACACACACACAUGCCUAACUAUACCUAUGUCAUUUAUGAAUGAGCGAGCAAGCAGUGAGAGAGAGAGAGAGAGAGGAAGAGGGAGCGAGAGAGAGCGAGCAAGCAAUGUUUCCACAACCUCAUUUGCAACAGUUAACAGCAAGAGCAAAACUUGCAACAGCAACA